AUGGCUAACGUCCUAGAGAAACUAUUUGGCUCUCUCGUUUCGGCUAUCGCAUACUGUUUCUUUCGCUAUCAAGAAGACGACCAUAAAAAUAUCAACAACAUCAACUACGACAUGCCCAAGGGUCGACCACUUUCCUUACAGACCGUAGAGCUCAAAGUGAGGAUGUGCUGCACUGGCUGCGAGAGAGUUGUUAGAGAUGCCAUCCACAAGCUUAGAGGGAUUGACUCGGUAGAGGUGGACAUAGAAAUGGAGAAGGUGACAGUGAUUGGGUACGUUGAUCGCAACAAGGUGCUUAAGGCAGUGAGGAGGGCGGGGAAGAGGGCUGAGUUCUGGCCAUACCCCAAUCCACCUUUGUACUUCACAUCGGCAAACAACUACUUCAAAGACACGACCAGCGAGUUCAAAGAGAGCUACAACUACUGGAGGCAUGGGUACAACGUCGGUGACAAGCAUGGCACCAUUCCCAUCAGUCAUCGGGGAGACGAUAAAGUUAGCAACAUGUUCAAUGACGACAACGUCAAUGCCUGCUGCCUCAUGUAAAAUGCAAUCUUUAGUAUUGUAACAAUCUCCAUCGUCGCUUAUCAUAUAUAUGUUUCUUUGUAUAUAUAUGUUUUGUGUAAUACUUAGGAUCUCCCGCUAUAUGCAUGCUUGUUGGUUUGAUUUGAAUAGCUUGUUCUUAUAAUUAAUUAGCACGAUCAUCAUGUGUUGUAUGCCAAUUCUUC